AUGGCUAAAAUUUUCAUUCAACAAUUGUGGCGGUUAGAUUUGGAUUGGGAUGACGAAUUGCCUAUUAAAUACCAGAUGGCGUGGUCAAAUUUUAGACGGCAAUUAUGUAAUUUAAUCGAUUUAGAAGUGGAUCGCUUAGCAAUCACUCCUGAUGCAAAAUAUGAAAUUCAUGUGUUCUCUGACAGUUCAGCAAGCACAUAUAGUGCAUGUGUAUACAUCAGAUGUAUAAAUAACGAGACGAAGAUAACUUCAAAUUUGCUUUGUGCCAAAUUAAAGAUGGCACCUAUCAAGAAAUGUAGUUUGCCAAGAUUAGAAGUCUGCGCUGCUGUAACAAUGGUACAACUCGUUAAGAAAGUUCAAGAAGUCUACGAUUUUAUACAAUUUAGCAACAUUUGCUUCUGGAUCGACUCAACCAUAGUGUUGAGUUGGAUAUCAGAAGACUCAUGCAAUUGGAGUACCUUUAUUGCUAAUAGGGUGGCAAUCAUUCUACAAGUUUCAACACGCUCGCAAUGGAGACAUAUUCCAUCCAAUUUAAACCCAGCUGAUAUAUUAUCUCGUGUUGUGUUACCAGCUGAAUUAAUGCAUUCAACAUUUUGGUUUCCCGGGCCAAAUUUUUUAACAUUAGCCUCGUCUAUUUGGCCACAAUUUCCACACAAUUUAAUAUACGAUGAUAACAGAUUAGAAAGAAAACCUAUAAAGAUGAUAUUAACAACAACAAUUUCACAACAACAUGAUUUAAUCAUUAGUAUUAAAUUUCACAACGAUUAUGUACGUUUGCUUAACACAGUCGCUUACAUGCUGCGUUUUAUAUAUAAUUGUGAAUUUAAGGCUAAAAGAAAAUACGGUUCAUUGGAUGCUACAGAACUUGACGCAUCUCGUCUAAACAUUAUCAAAUACAUACAAGUCAUUUCUUUUCAUGCUGAAAUGGCAGCUGUACAAAAGGGUGCUAACCUUAAUGCCAAAAGUCAUAUACAGUCUUUAUCACCAUUCUUUGAUAAUAACGGUUUACUAAGAGUGGGUGGCCGAUUAAGAAACUGUAACCUGGACUUCAACAGUAAACAUCCUAUACUAUUACCAAAAAAUCACGCUUUUAAGUACACACUGGCACGCUACUAUCAUAAAAUUAAUCAUCAUGUUGGCCCACAAACAUUACUAAGCGUAAUACGUCAAUCUUAUUGGCCAAUCCACGGCAAGGUUAUCUGUCGAUCUAUAUGUCGAAGUUGUGUCUUAUGCUUUCAUACUAAUCCAAUUAAACAGAACCAUUUUAUGGUCGAUUUACCUGAUUUACGAGUUCAACAAUCAAGACCGUUUAAUGUAAUAGGUGUCGAUUUUUGUGGUCCAUUUCAAAUAUAUUAUGGCAGACGUGGUAUUAUUUCUACAAAAGGCUAUAUAUCUGUUUUCAUAGGGUUUUGUACAAAGGCCAUACAUUUAGAGUUGGUAGAAGAUUUAUCUGCUCAAGCUUUCUUAGCUGCUUUAAGGCGUUUCAUUGGGCGACGUGGCCUAUGCUUAGUGAUUUACAGUGACAAUGCAACUAAUUUUAUUGGUGCAAAAAACGAGUUGCAUGAGCUUUACAAAAUGUUUAAAAGUACAGAUAUUAUAUUUAAUGAAUGUGCUUCGCGUAGCAUAAUUUGGAAAACCAUACCUCAGUGCUCUCCGCAUUUUGGUGGCCUUUGGGAAGCUACAGUGAAGUCCACUAAAUUUCAUCUAAAAAGGAUACUACAGGAUGCGAAAUUUAACUUUUUUGAAUUCAACACUUGGUCUCUUCUUAAAGGGAAAAGGUUUUGGUUAAAAUAUCAUAAUUUAAAAUACUAUACUCGCGUUCCCAUAAGCAAGCAACUUGCAACACUACAAGUGGUGUGCCGCGAAAUAUAA